GUGCCUGGAAUGCAAGAAGGAAAAAACCUUAGAACUUUAGACACAAAGGUCUUCAAGAGAGAGAAGACUACCUGAAGUCAGAGAACACACAAUAUCAUGGAAAUUUAUUUGUGGAAGAUUGUGUGUGUAGUAUGUGCUCUACUCCUUAAUGCUACAGGCUCACUGUCCCAGCUAGAUGUGUGUGGUCGGCCUCCACUGAACACCAAGAUUGUGGGUGGUGGAGAUGCUGCUCUUGGUGCUUGGCCUUGGCAGGUCAGCAUUCAGUCAGGAGGCUUCCAUUUCUGUGGUGGCAGCCUGAUUGAUGAGAACUGGGUCUUAUCGGCUGCUCACUGUUUCCAAAGGACUUUACCGGAUGUCACAGUCAAUCUAGGGAUGGUAAAUCUGGAGGGGUCUAACCCUAAUAAGCAGCAAAGAAGUGUUCGUACAACGAUCAAUCACCCAAGCUAUAAUGAUAUAAAUAACGACAAUGACAUUGCACUACUCCAGCUUGCUGCUCCGGUGAAUUUUACCAACUAUAUCAUGCCGGUGUGCCUAGCAGCAACCAACAGUGAUUUUCCCCCUGGAACUAAUGUCUGGGUCACAGGAUGGGGUGCCAUUAGCUUUAGUGGGCCGUAUCCUGAAACCCUGCAGGAGGUGCAGGUGCCGAUUGUCAAUAACAGCGCCUGCGCAAACUCUUAUGGACAUAAUAUCAUCACAGACAACAUGAUAUGUGCUGGCCUCACUGAGGGGGGCAAGGACUCAUGCCAGGGUGAUUCUGGAGGUCCACUGGUGGUCAAGGUCAACACAACAUGGGUUCAGGCUGGUAUUGUGAGCUCUGGCCAUGAAUGCGCUUUGCCUAGGUUCCCUGGUGUGUACACCAGAGUGUCUCAGUACCAGGACUGGAUAAACACAACCAAACACCUUGGAUCAAAUGGCAACUGUGGCUUCCCCAGCCUCUUCCUUUCUUUCUCCAUCAUCCCAUUCCUCCUCUCCCUCUCUAUCGUCUAGUCAUAGUUCCUGAUAAGAAAAUCAAACAAAACCAGAAAGAGCUUUUUCAAAGAUUUGUACUAUACAUCCACAUAUUUAUUCAUUUCACCUAAGUCUACACCACUCCAAUGUAAAGCGAAAUUGUAUUACAUUAAUUUCUACAAACUAUUUAACCUAUUCGCUUGCUAACAUCUGGUGUAACAAGUGAGCUUGAAACCAAUGAUUGCUGCUUGUACUCCAAUAUAAGGAUUUUAUAUGGAACAAGUGAAUCAUGAGCACAAGUUAAAUAAGGUGUAAUUUGGGAUUUGACCAGGAAAUAUAUAAUUGGUUUACUCAUUGACAGCAACCUCAUUACAUAAUGUCUCAUGAUAGAAGCUAAAACUAGGAACAAUGAAAUACCAGCAUGAUAAAGCACAGUCUUUUGGCUCAUUCACCAUAGCAUGAAGUCUUGUAACAAAGUGAUUAAAAAAAAAUCUUGACACAAUAAUUUUUUUUUUUGCCUUAAAUUUUCUUAUGCUAAAUUAAUUUUGGUGUUGCACGUAACUUCAAAUCUCAGCCAGAGAUAAGAUGUGCAUAUUUAUUUACAGAAGACAGGAAAAAAAGACAUAUCUGUCCCCUACUGUGCCGCACCUAAAAAUUCAGGUGAGAAAUCCCAAAAAUAUCAAAAAAGAUGUGACAACAGCACCACAGCUUUCACACCAACCUUGUGUCAGCAUAACCUGAUAUUUUUUUCACUGUCACUUUUAUAUUUUUAAAAAAAUCAGAGUAUGUAUUAACGUAAUACCAAAACAAAUAAAAAAGGGGAA